AUGUGGCUGUAGCUGACAUUAGAUGGAGGAAUAAGCGAGUUUUGUCUGUCAGUCAGUGGAAUCUUGGUGGCUUUUCUCUCAUGGCGUCGCUUCUGUCUUAUAUGGGAUGGGCGGUCCUUCCAAAUUAUGCCACAUCGAUCGCCCAGAGUGUCUACUAUGGACUUACCAUUCGCGCUGGUGAACCUCGGCCCCAGCCCGGCACCCCUCGAUACGCUCGGCAUCGCCGUCGCAUCUUUAUCCUGGUCGUGACCAGCUACCUUCUCUAUACGCUUUACGAGACCUUCCACCGGGUGCAAAUCGCAGGCGAUUUCUACAAGGCUCUUGGGGUCUCGCCCCUGGCCGACGAACGAACAAUCAAGUCGCGCUUCCGCCGGCUGGCUGCCCAGCACCAUCCGGACAAGAUCGGAGCGGGCGACGGGCUGCGCUCCGACGGCUAUUUCGUCUAUCUGAAGCUGGCGCAAGACACGUUGUUGGAUCCAGUUCGACGCUUUGCUUACGAUCGGUUCGGACCGAGCAUGCUCGAAUGGGGAGAGAAGAAGACGAUGCAGGAAUUCAUGUUUGCUGGGUUGCAGCGAUCGGUCCCGCAGUACAUCGGCGGUCUGGUGACCAUCAUGAUUUUGCACUUCACCUGGUGGUCAGAAUGGGGGCGCUAUUGGCGCUUUUUUACCUUUGCAGCUCUAAUGAUCCUCGAGUUGGCACUCAUCACACAUCCCAAGGCGUUGUUCUUUCCCGCAUCCUACCUCCCGGAUGCCGUGCAGGGACUAUUCGGCGUCUCCUCGAAGAACUCCGGGUUCUAUCUGCUGCCGUUCCAGAUCCUGACGCUGGCCCAACGGGCCUCGGUGACGUUGCAUAUCUUCAUCUCGCAGGUCACCCCCCCGGAGAUCGGCCGACGUGCUUCGUCCAGCGCGGGGGAGCAAUUGCAUCCAAAGACCAUGCAGCAGUUGGGACAGCUGCUGCAGUUGUCCCGGGCCACUGACGGCGAAGCGACUCAGCUACUGCAGCUGGGAUUCGCACCGUUUAAGGGUGAUCGUGAGGGCGUGGCCACGCUGCGCAAGGGAAUGAAGGAAGGCUUGGUGCUGAGUAGCGUCAGAGCCAGUCCGGGGGUGCAGCAGGCUGUGGCGGAGGUGAUCCAGCGGGAGAAGCAGGGGAAGGCAGAUUGAAUUUUGUAUAUGUGAGGGUUGCGAAUCUAU